AUGACUGUGUCUACACCUCUGCAGGCAGAGAAAAAACAGAAAAGGUACACCACUCAAAGUGUCACACUGCAGUUUAACACAGUGGACAGUGCCAGGCCUCACAGGCCCUCACUGAAGUCAGAGAUGUUGAGCCAGGAUGACCCCAAAUCACGUCCAAUGCUAGAACUACGAGAGAAGCUCCAGCCAGAAGUGAUCGAACUGAUUAAACAGCAGAGGUUGAACCGCCUGUAUGAGGGCACGUGCUUUAGGAAGAUCAGUGCUCGUCGCAGACAAGACAAGUUCUGGUAUUGCCGUCUAUCACCAAACCACAAAGUGUUACACUAUGGAGAUAUAGAGGAAUUCUCACAAGGACAAAUUUCACAUGAAUCUCUCCAGGAGAAAGUGACAGUAGCAGAUAUCAAAGCAGUGGUCAUGGGUAAAGACUGCCCACACAUGAAGGAAAAAGGAGCACUUAAGAAUAAGGAGCUGCUGGAGCUGGCUUUUUCAAUUCUUCAUAACUCUGAUGAAUAUCUGAACUUCAUUGCUCCGGACAAGCAUGAAUACUGCAUUUGGACUGAUGGCUUGAAUGCUGUUUUGGGAAAGGAGAUGACAAGUGAGCUCACCAAAUCAGAUAUGGACACUCUGGUUAAUAUGGAGCUGAAACUUCGCCUCUUGGACCUCGAAAACAUUCAGAUUCCUGAUGUCCCUCCUCCUGUUCCCAAAGAGCCCAGCACUUACGACUUUGUUUACGAUUUUAGCCAACAGCACAUUUGAGACUGGAAUAAAGUCCUUACUCAUGCUGAUAAACAGCUGUAAGUAAGGAGGAGUGCUAAUUUUUUUUUCUUUUUGCUAUUCGUGAUUCCUCACUUUCCUCUCCUAUGGACUGAAUAGAGUUCAGAUCAUACAUUUUCCUCUAGAUUGUGACUAUUAUGUGAUGCUUAGUUUUCUAUUUCACUUAAAUGCCCCUCUUGACUUAACAGUUCUGCAAAGAGGAAAAACUCACAGUUACAUUUCUUUUCAUUUAUGAGUUUUAAUGAAUAAUCAACUUGGUAUCAUGCAA